CUUUCUUUUCUUUCAUUUACAGUACGGCCUACGCCAGUUGGACCUCUCAUUACUCUCCCAGCUGUGGGCUCUUAACGACUCGAUACAAGAAUUUCGUACAAUGCUGGAGUCACAGGAACUCGAGCCAGACUCCUAUUCACCACACUCACCGACGCCUUCCUCCUACGAUUCGGUCUCAAGCGAUGCUGAAGACGACACCACCACAAACAACAAAAAGAGCAAAUCAAUUGAUAUCAACAAACCAAAAAUUAUUACAACACAACCAAAAUUAACUCAACGUUCGAAUUCAUCAGCGGAACGAACAAAUAGUGGUAGUGGUAGUGGCGCACCACCACAACGACCAUCACCGCCCAAACCGCUCGAUAUGCGACCAGUGCCGCGUAUGCGUAGCGCACCACCACCACCGCCCGUUAGUCGCAAAUCGGCAGCACCGCCACGCCCCACAUGAUGCUACCUAACGGACUUCCUCGCCAGCGUCAAGAUGGUCAUGUGCAAAGCAAUUGUAAGCAACAACAACAACAACUGCAGUGAUGCGAUAACAGGACUGAAGCAUUGAGAGAAAUUGCGCGCGAGCGACAGAGAGCGAGAGAGGGAGGAAGUUAAGCAGAUGGAGAAACUGAAGGGGAAAUGUUUGCAGUUGCUGGUAUGGGCGAGGAAUUUCGUCUGAAUUUAAUGAAAAUAUAGAAUUAGAAUAGUGGGCGAAAGCGGGAGUAAUGAUCAUCUGAAAAGAAAGAACAAAGAAAAACAAAAAAAACAAAAAUACUGCAAAGAAAGUCUAAAACAUCUCUGCUUUGUCAAAUAAUUAAAUUUAAGUUUGAAAUUA